AUGUUCUUUUCCAUUCGCCUCUUCCAGCCGGCCUCGGUCCCUCGGUUCGGCCAGCCUCAGCUCGCUCCAGCCCCCUUGAAAAUGUACGAAACCAACAUGCUGGCCACACUCAGCUUCCUCUACAAUUCGCUGCCAAGCUCUUGGCUCUUCUCGCAGACCAAUGCUCCAAGUACCCCUCCACUACCACCAGCUCUGGACAGUUUGGGUCCCGACCGAUACGGGCCUCCCGACUCGUGGUCGUGGGAGGCGAUCAAACCACCCAAUCCGGCCUCCUGGAGUUGUCCGGACCCCAGCCAGGCUACACUCUGCACCAACUUGUUCGACGAGAAUAAGCUCGCAAUCUCAUCGCCCGAAGCUAUGCCUCUU